UGAUGAACACGGCGUCCUCCAUGUGUAUUGGGAAUUUAUCAUAAAAUUUCUAAAUUUCGAGUUGUUUUUAGGACAAUUGUACGCCAAUCGGACGAAUUUACGCUCUAGACCGUUGCUUAAUUAAGUUAAUCGUCGAAGGUGUGCCCACUUUCAACCCAUACAAUGGCCACGAAUUCGAGCUGACGGUGAUCUGAACAGACGCCAAGAUGUAUCUGUACAACCUCACCCUGCAGAGGUCCUCUGCAAUCACCCAUGCCGUUCACGGGAACUUCAGCGGCACCAAAAGCCAAGAGAUCAUGGUCUCGAGAGGAAAGUCCUUGGAACUUUUGCGCCCUGAUCCCAACACAGGCAAAGUUCACACUCUCAUGUCCAUGGAGGUGUUUGGCAUCAUCAGAUCUCUAAUGGCUUUCCGUCUGACUGGAGGAACCAAAGACUACAUUGUUGUUGGCUCUGAUUCCGGUCGCAUUGUCAUCUUGGAGUACAACCCUGCCAAGAAUGCCCUUGAAAAGGUGCACCAGGAGACCUACGGAAAGAGCGGCUGCCGCAGAAUUGUCCCUGGACAAUAUUUGGCUGUUGACCCCAAGGGCCGUGCAGUCAUGAUUGGAGCCAUCGAGAAACAAAAGUUGGUGUACAUUUUGAACAGAGACGCGCAAGCCCAUCUGACCAUUUCCUCCCCUCUCGAGGCACACAAGAGCAACACCUUCGUUUAUCACAUUGUCGGAGUUGACGUUGGUUUCGAAAACCCUAUGUUCGCUUGUCUUGAAAUCGAUUAUGAGGAGGCGGAUAGUGAUCCUUCUGGUGAGGCUGCCCAGAAAACCCAGCAAACUCUGACUUUCUACGAGUUGGAUCUGGGUUUGAACCACGUUGUUCGCAAGUACAGUGAACCUCUGGAGGAGCAUGCCAACUUUCUUAUCACCGUGCCUGGUGGAAAUGAUGGGCCCAGUGGAGUGUUGAUUUGCUCAGAAAACUACUUGACCUACAAAAACUUUGGUGAUCAGCAUGACAUCAGAUGCCCUAUUCCCCGCAGGAGGAAUGACUUGGAUGAUCCUGAGAGAGGGAUGAUUUUUGUCUGUUCUGCCACACACAAGACAAAGACCAUGUUCUUCUUCCUCGCACAAACUGAGCAGGGAGAUAUUUUCAAGAUCACUCUUGAGACGGACGAAGAUGUGGUGACUGAAAUCAAACUCAAGUACUUUGACACAGUCCCAGUUGCCUCAGCCAUGUGUGUUCUGAAAACUGGUUUCCUCUUUGUUGCCUCUGAAUUUGGCAACCACUACUUGUAUCAAAUUGCCCACCUCGGAGACGAUGAUGACGAGCCAGAAUUUAGCUCUGCCAUGCCCUUGGAAGAGGGUGACACUUUCUUCUUUGCUCCCAGAGCGCUUCGAAACUUGGUCCUGGUUGAUGAAUUGGAGGCCCUCUCGCCUAUCCUGGCAUGCCAAGUUGCUGAUUUAGCCAAUGAGGACACAUCUCAGCUAUACAUGCUGUGCGGCCGAGGACCAAGGUCCUCUUUGAGAGUGUUGAGACACGGCUUGGAAGUGUCUGAGAUGGCUGUGUCUGAGCUUCCUGGCAAUCCUAAUGCUGUGUGGACCGUUAAAAAGAGAUUUGAUGAGGAAUUUGAUGCCUACAUCAUUGUGUCCUUCGUAAACGCCACUCUUGUUUUGAGUAUUGGAGAAACUGUCGAGGAAGUUACAGAUUCUGGAUUCUUAGGAACUACUCCAACCCUAUCAUGCUCUGCCCUGGGAGACGAAGCUCUUGUGCAGGUUUAUCCUGAUGGAAUUCGUCACAUUCGAGCAGACAAGCGUGUCAAUGAGUGGAAGGCACCAGGAAAAAGAACAAUCGUCAAGUGCGCUGUAAACCAACGCCAAGUUGUGAUUGCACUGACUGGAGGAGAAAUUGUCUACUUUGAGAUGGAUGCUACUGGUCAACUGAACGAGUACACGGAGAGAAAGGAAAUGCCCUCGGACAUUGUCUGCAUGGCGUUGGCCUCAGUUCCAUCAGGAGAGCUUCGUUCUCGGUUCUUGGCCGUUGGUCUAUCUGACAACACUGUUCGCAUCAUUUCUCUCGACCCUUCGGACUGUCUUUCGCCUCUCAGCAUGCAGGCCCUUCCUGCCUCUGCCGAGUCAUUGUGCAUUGUCGAGAUGGGCGGCCAAGAAGCCAACGAAGAAGGAAACAUCACUUCUGCAUCCAGGAUGUUCCUCAAUAUCGGUCUGCACAACGGAGUUCUGCUUAGAACUGUCCUGGACUACGCCACCGGAGACUUGGCUGACACCAGGACUCGAUAUCUGGGCUCGAGGCCUGUGAAACUUUUUAGAGUCAAGAUGCAAGGAAAUGAAGCAGUAUUGGCCAUCUCGAGCCGCACUUGGCUUAGCUACCACUACCAGAACAGGUUCCACCUGACACCAUUGUCAUACGAAAUGCUGGAGUAUGCCUCUGGAUUCUCUUCAGAACAGUGUCCAGAGGGUAUCGUUGCAAUUUCAACCAACACCUUGAGGAUUUUGGCGCUGGAGAAACUGGGUGCUAUUUUCAAUCAGAUUUCAUUCCCUCUGGAGUACACUCCGCGUCGCUUUGUCAUCCACCCCGAAACCAACAACUUGGUGAUCAUCGAGACUGAUCACAAUGCGUACACCGAGGACACCAAGAAGCAGCGGCGCAUCCAGAUGGCCCAAGAAAUGCAAGAGGCGGCUGGUGAGGAGGAACAGGAGCUGGCGAAAGAAAUGGCCGAAGCGUUCCUCAAUGAGGAUUUGCCUGAGAGCACCUUCGGAGCCCCGAAAGCUGGUCCAGGCAUGUGGGCCUCUGCCCUUCGAAUCAUGGAUGCUGUUCAAGGAACGACACACCAGAUGCUCAGACUUGAGCAGAACGAGGCAGCCAUGUGUAUUGCAAUGAUGAGAUUCGCCAACCAGUCAGACGGCUCCCAGUACGUCAUUGUCGGCAUUGCUAAGGACUACCAGCUGAACCCAAAAAUUGUGGGUGGCGGAUACUUGUACUCUUACAAGGUUAAUUUGGAGUGCACAGAGUUGACUUUAAUGCACAAAACUCCAGUUGAAGAUAUCCCGUAUGCACUUUGCUCAUUCCAAGGCCGUGUUUUGGUGGGCAUAGGCAAAAUGCUUCGUCUCUACGAUCUGGGAAAGAAAAAGUUGUUGCGCAAGUGCGAGAACAAACAUAUUCCCAACAUGAUCGUCAACAUUCAAACCAUUGGCCACAGAAUUUAUGUGAGUGAUGUCCAAGAAAGUGUCUACAGUGUGAGGUACAAGAGAAUGGAGAACCAGUUGAUUAUCUUUGCUGAUGACACUUAUCCUCGAUGGGUCACUUGCACGGCAGUUCUGGAUUAUGACACUGUGGCCAUUGCAGACAAGUUUGGCAACAUUGCUGUGACGAGACUGGCGCCAAGCGUUUCUGAUGAAGUUGAAGAUGACCCGACUGGAAACAAAGCAUUAUGGGACAGAGGUCUUCUUUCAGGAGCUUCCCAGAAAUCGGAUGUUGUGUGCAACUUCCACAUUGGCGAAUGUAUCACUUCGUUACAGAAAACGACACUGAUUCCUGGAGGCUCCGAAGCCUUGAUGUAUGCCACACUCUCUGGCACAAUCGGAGUCUUGGUCCCCUUCACCUCACACGAAGACCACGAUUUCUUCCAGCAUCUGGAGAUGCACAUGCGCUCCGAGUACCCUCCAAUUUGUGGUCGUGACCACUUGUCAUACAGGUCGUACUACUUCCCAGUCAAGAAUGUCAUUGACGGCGAUCUUUGUGAACAAUUCAACUCAAUAGACUUGUCCAAGCAGAAGCAGAUUGCAGAAGAACUGGACCGAAUGUCAAGUGAAGUGUCCAAAAAGCUGGAAGACAUUCGCACCCGAUACGCUUUUUAAAAUCACUUGUAAAUUUUUUUGGCAUGUAUAUUUUAUUAUCAUUUUUAGUGUUAGAUUGAAACCUGAACUUGUUCAACUCAAUGUUUACUGCAUUUUUAUGGCGUAAAAUAAAAUGAUUGUGAGUUGACUUCUAAUUAACUAAA